AUGGAACCAGAUUCCCAUGUCCAUUCUUUUCAAUACAAAGACGGCAAGUUUCACGCCGACAUUUCAUGGAACCCGACAAAAGUCAAAGUUGAAAUGCAUACAAGCGUUGGUUUUAUUCAAAUCCCCACCCUACAACUAUCCGAGAGUAGGGAGAAUCUACCCAAAUUCGAUACGGCCAGCUGCAACGCUGCGACAAACCCAUUGCUCCCAGCGUCAGACUUAGCAAAUCGUCGCGAAGCAACGGAGGACAACAUGCGCAGCACAGGCAGCACGGACGGCAUAGAUGACAACGACGGGAACGACCUCAGCAACUCGGGCGAGUGCGUAGAAAUACGCCGCUCAGACAUGGUCACUGUGAGCAACGAGGAAUUGUGCGAUGUAAACGGCUCGAAUGACAUGCGCAACACGGGGGCUGUGGGAGCCACGGGUCCGUUACCCGGCGUCGAAAGUAACGAGAAGGCCGGAGUCAUGGGAGAGAUUGGACGACUCGGGAAAGGCUCUGAUCUCGUCCAAAGCUCCGCACAACGUCGCUACAAGCUGCGAGUUGGAGUCAACCUUCAAAAGUUAGCAUCUGACCACCAGUAA